AUGGUGUUCAGUCACCACUUCAUUGUGGAUGGACCGUGGUUUAUGAACUAACCCCCUGUGCUGGAAACUCCCAACAGACUGAACCUCCUUGGAGACCAAACAAAGCCCAUCUUGGGAGAUGGCCAGGGUUUUAUCCUCCUGCUCCUAUAAGGACCAGCUAAGUCAGUUCCUCCAUCGCUCACCUCUCAACACCUUCCUGUGUGGUUCUGGACCACCUGUUGAAGCCUCAGCAUGCCUGGCUUUGAGUCCACAGAAUUACCGAGAAAAGGAGGCCCAAGCACACUGAGAAAACACAGAGGCAGAGGCAUGGCUGGGAUCCCAGCACAGCCCCGUCCUCCCGCAGUUACAGUCUUGGCUGAGCUGAGCCCUUUCCUCGCAGUGUUUGGCUUGGAUGCUAGACUAGGUGAGUCAGCUCUCCUGGCACCCUACUUCGAGUCAAAGUCACAUUGA